UGGAGCAGUGAGAGGAGAGUGUCAGAGAAGAGACAAAGAUCCUCCAGCUGCUUCAGCAGGACAGACAAGACACUUGUUCCACCAUCUCAUCUCCUGUCACGGUUACCAUGGCUUCAGCCCUCGUAUCUGCGCUGAGUGUGCUUCUCUGUGCGUUGGCACUCAUUCUCUACAGCAGUCCAGCAGAGGCUCAGGCAGACUUAGCAUUGGACUGUUGCCUGACGGUUAGCCACAAAGUCAUCCCUAAACAUGUCCUCCUCACUUACCGGAAGCAGUUCAGAGUUGAUGGCUGCCCCCGAGAUGCUGUUGUAUUCAUAACAAGGAAAGAUUUGAAUCUUUGUGCCCCACCUGCAGCGGAAGAGCACUGGGUUAAAGAGACGAUCAAGUUUCUGGACACUAGGCUCAAGAAGUGCAAAGCAACCAAAUUUCAUGAGAAACGCUGUCACGCCCUGAAGAAUUUGUCUUUUUGACUGAACACAUACGCAUAUAUACUUUUAAUGGCAGCUGAUGUAGUCAUUGUGACAUAGCUCACUUCAGUUUCUGUAACACAUUUAGGUUCUCCCUCUUUCAGCUUUUUCAACCUAAAUGAUCAAAACACUCCAAGUGGUCUGAUCUUCCCUGUAGUUGCUGUUGUGUGAAGAUAUUACUCUAUUUUUUUCUAUUUUGAUAAUCAUCUUGUUGCAAUUUUAUAGUGAAUAAAUUGGUUGACAAAAAAA